AUGACGAUCGAUUCAGUCAACGGAUUGCAGGGUGCUAAUGAGGCCUACACCGUUUUAGAAGAGCCUCUUGGAUCUACUCGUCAUGUGAAAAUAAUCACCAUCGGAGCGGGUGCAAGUGGUCUGAACAUGAUACGCACUCUUCGCAACACACUCCCAAACACCGAGAAUGUCGUUUAUGAAAAGAACCCGGAUAUAGGUGGUACUUGGUAUGAAAAUAAGUAUCCGGGGUGCCAAUGCGACAUACCAUCGCAUAACUACCAAUUUUCCUGGGCGCCGAACCCUCAGUGGACCAAGUUUUACUCAGAGGCCCCAGAAAUCCACCGUUAUUUCAAAGAUUUGGCAACUCGAGAAAAUCUUAAUGAUGUUAUCAAGUUGCAGCAUCAGGUCGAACAUGCAGAAUGGAAUGAAGAUGAUGGCCUAUGGCUAGUUCGUGUGAGAGACCUUACCACCGACAUAGUCAAGACCGAUUCAGCUCACUUUCUUUUGGAUGCUUCGGGUAUUCUCAACAACUGGAAAUGGCCCGAUAUUCCAGGUCUGCACACAUUUAAAGGCGAUCUAGUCCACAGUGCCAACUGGAAAGAUGACUUUUCGUACAAAGGGAAGCGUGUGGCAGUGAUAGGAAAUGGGUCUUCUGGUGUACAGAUCGUGCCUGCUAUGCAACCAGAUGUGGCAAGCCUCAUUCACUUUGUUCGAUCGCCCAUCUGGGUGGCACCUGCGGGCGUUGACAGAAUGGCUGCAACUACAGCUGGCAAAGUCGUAUCGGAACUAGAACUUGACGGAGAUCGUUUUACGCCAGCUCAGAUGAGCAAGUUCGAGACGGACAAAGAACUCUACACCAAAUUCGUCAAAGCUACAGAGGAGGUGGUCAACAAUAAGUUUUCCUAUCUUGUUACUUCAUCUCCAGCAGCUGAAGUUGUGAAAGAAAGCAUGACCAAGUAUAUGACUGAAGCCUUGAAAGGCAACCAGGCGCUUAUCAGCAAGUUGAUACCUGAUUUUCCAUUUGGAUGUCGACGCAUUACACCAAGCUCAGCAUACUUGGAUGCCUUUCACAAAGAUAACGUCCAAAUCGUGACCGAUGGCAUUGCUAAAAUCAAUGAAAAUGGUCUCGUAACAGAACAGGGAGAGAUCAUUGACGUUGAUGCGAUAGUCUGCGCUACUGGAUUCAAUGUUUCAUUUUGCCCUCGAUUUCCAAUUCUUGGAAGAAAAGGCAAUCUCCAGGAUAUAUGGACUCGAGAACUGCCAUCAUCCUACAUGUCUCUCGCAGUGCCCGGCAUGCCAAACUACUUUAUGUUUCUGGGACCAAACGCACCUAUCGGACAUGGUAGUGUACUGACCAUCACCGAGCAAGUGGGAAAGUAUAUCACUCGGAUUAUUCGCAAGUAUCAGGAGGAAGGUAUCAAAUCGAUAACUCCGAGACAGGAUAUCGUGGACGAAUUUGCCGAGCACAUUGCGGCUUUCAUGCCUCGAACCGCUUGGGCGGGAAACUGUAGUUCAUGGUUCAAGAACGGGAAAAGGGAUGGCCCUAUUACAGCUUUGCAUCCGGGAAGUCGUAUUCAUUGGUUCCACAUGCUGCAGAGCUUCCGGGGAGAGGACUUUGAAUACACGCACUGGUCCAAGAACAGAUUUCGAUACCUGGGUAAUGGGUUUUCUUCGUUGGAGGCCCCGGGAAUGAACUCGACGUGGUACUUGGACGAGCCGGACAAAAUGCUCUGA